AUGGGAGCGGAUCCCAGUAGCCAACCAGAGAAAUCUCGAGAGUUACUUUAUACAAUCGAGCCCGGAUGGGACGCCCAAGAUCCACCCCCACAGUUCGAGCGAUACGGUGAGCAGUUUCAGCCACCUCUUUAUUGCGCUGCCAACGCAUUCUCCAGCAGACCCAAUUGUAAGGGUGAAAGGCUUGAAAUGAUCACGUCCCUUCUUCGGCAUGGGUGUGAUUUGUACCAAGAGUUUCCUCAGGCUGUUUAUAAUCCAGAGCGCUAUCUCAAGUUCAGGGCACCCUUCCCUGGUGAAGACCCUCCACGUACAUCUUAUCCCGAUCGCGCAGUCGAAGCCAAUAGUCCAGACUGGGAGGAGAAGAAUGGGAAUCCGCACUUUCCAGAUGAUGAGUGGGAUGACGAAGAGCCAGCGCCUGUUUGGGGUGCUCGGCAGCUUGUACAUGCUAUCAUCGAGGACGGGAUUUGGCUCAAGCCUUUGAUGGACUAUCCUGGCUUCCUGGAAUCGUUAGACCUUGAGCAUCGUGAUCCUCAAGGACGCACACUCCUGCUCAGUGCGUGUCGAAGUGCAGCUGGAGCUGAUAUACUUGCUGGGACCGCUUUUGUGGAUGUUAAUUGGAGAGUGGAAAACGGAGAAUCAGGCCAGAAGCUCUAUCCAAAAUGGGAUCGGUUCUUGGGGCCGAGUGAGUCAGACUUUUCAGAGCCAGGCUCGGAAUCUUUGAUUGAAGUAUUCCUUCGGCUUGGGGCAGACCCUCUCGCGGUAGACAAUCAAGGGAAAAACGCGUUGCAUCACCUCCUCGUCGAAGUUAGCAAUAAUCGAAAUGCGGAAUUCCAAGAGCUCCCCAUUGUUCGGCGUUCCUUGUGCAUUCUUUCGUCGAGAUAUCAGUCUUUGGUCGACCAGCCUGAUCACCAUGGAACAUAUCCACUUCAUGCAGCUCUUCGGCGGAUGCGCCUCCAUCCCUUAGCAGAAAGCCAUACCCCCGUUGCCAUGGCAGAGCCUCUCGGGUGUGUCCGGGAUCUUAUAAGAGCUGGUGCCGAUCCUCGGGCCAAAGACAGGAAGGGUAAUACCGCGCUGCAUUACUUAGCUGAUGACGAUUUGACUGCCAUGUGGUAUGGGGAGGGAAAGCGAGAAUUGUUCUAUGACCUGUUAAAGAUCGCGUUUUGCGAUGAUAUAAAUAUGCGAAACAACGCAGGAAAGACAGUGGCGGAGCUCAUAUUGGAUGAUGACGGCCAUAUGGACGACAUUAAGGCGAGCACCUUUCGCUUGUCUGACACGGACGAGGAUCAAGAUUUCCGAUAUUCAGGAGAAGUCGAUAGGGAUGUUUUCGAGUCUCUGGAUGAGGCCGGCGUUGAUUGGAAGGUCAAGACAUCUGAAGGGGGGAAUUUGUUACAUAUCGUGGCGCGUUCUGGGCUUGACCAGUACAGAUUGAUGUGGAGAAGUCGAUUUCUGGUGGAAAAGGGAAUCGACGCAAAUGAACCAGAUGCAGAUGGUUGGACAGCGAGGAGAGUCGCAGAGCAUUACAAUUUGAACAAGUUCCAGCUUCAUCCAGAGCUCGAAAGGCUGGAAAAGGGUGAGAAUGACGACUACUAUUACCGUAUAAACGCAGGAGGUUAA